AUGCGCCGAGUCAAAUGCGACGAGCAACGACCAAACUGUAAGCGCUGCGUCUCAGCAGGCUGGAAAUGUACAGGAUUUGCCGCUGCAAUUCGUCCAAAGCCUGAAAGCACGAUCCAAAUAUACAACAUUCCCUUCAAAAUUCCUGGUAGUCGAACCGAUCGCGAGCUCCUCCACUUCUAUUGCUGCGAAGCAGCGCAGUGUUUGUCGCGUUUUUCCGACUCAACGCUUUGGACCGAGCUUAUUCUGCAACGAAGUCAGCACCAGCCUGUGAUUCGAAAUUCCCUCGUCGCACUAAGCUCGCUGUAUCGCGAAUAUCUCAAAGUCGGAUCAAAUCAGCUGGGGAAUUCUUUGCAAAGCCUUCAGCUUAUGGCUAAGUCGCAUAAGCAACUUUCGACAUAUCUUCUUACUCCGAGCGCUUCACCUGAGGCUGCGCUUGUCUGCAGUUUGAUAUUUUACGUGUUCGAAUGUCUCGUCGGCAACACGGAACAAGCGAUAUGGCACCUGGAUCGUGGCUUGGAUCUUUUAAAAAACUAUUGGGUUGAUGAUCCAGACUUACUUGCGAAGAUGGAUCCUAUCUAUCCUCAGCUAAAGAUGAUAUUCUGCCAUCUCGAUGUCCAUGCGAGUGUUUUUUUAUGGGAUCGAAUGCCUGUUCUCGAACUUGCCUCGCAGGAUCAUGUUUGUGGCCUGUACGAUGUGGUCCCAGAGCGGUUCUCCGGUAUCGCUGAUGUAGAAAAGGCACAGGUCAUCUUGCAAAAUUGGAACACAAAUCAUCUUAUGUCGACAAAAGCUCACAAAGGCGCCCAGUUGCAAGAGUUACCAAUUGAGAUGGCCCAAGAGAGGCUACAGCUUGAAAGACAAUUUCAACUAUUCGAGGCCGCCAUUGAACGGUUCCGCAUCCAGAAUGAUGGGCAAACGAUGAAUAGUCAAGAUCGCCAACGAAUCAUCUUAUUGCACUGCCAGGCGCUCAUUUUCCAUGGCGUUCUGCUUGAGAAUAUAAUCCUGAACGAGGAAGAUACAAAAACACCGAUGGAAGCUUAUUGCAAAUUUGAGUUUGCUUUGGAGCAGAUAGAGGUUCUCAUUUCCGACUUCGAAUCAUCAAAUGGCUCCAAGUCCGAGCGUCGAGAGUUCACAGUCUCAACAAACGUAGUAGCUAUGCUUUACUUUGUUUGCUUCAAAACGAGAGACAUGAGGCUGUUAGGAAGGGCCUUGUCCAUGAUGAAUAGUUCUCUCUAUUCCGCUCGAGACGGACUCUGGGACUCGAGGAAAGCAUUGUUGGUAGUUCAAUCUGUUCUCUCAGAAAAUGAUUCUCUCCAUAGCGAGGAACAGAUGACCAUGCGAUUAGAAGACGUUGGAUCUGACGUUAUUAAUGCUAACAGUACGCUAGAUGAGGUUUUCAGCGCUCUUCGCAUUGAGGAUGAAGUUGAUUCAAAGGCUAUAGAAUGA